AUGUGCAAUCAAGCACAAGGUAUAUACGAGCCGACUGUCUGCCAGCCAGGCUACUACUGUCCAUCUGGCGGGAAAAGUCAGAUCCCAUGUCCCAAAGGACAUUUCUGCCCUUUGGGGACAGUGGAGCCUUUUCAGUGCUUUGGACUUUCCGCAUGCCCAGAAGGCAGCAUAAGGGAAAUUCCGACCGCUGGCCUGCUUUGUGCCUUUUCGUUCGAUGUCGUUGUUAUCACUUUGGUUGCUUGGCCAUUCGUAUCUGGCUGGAUAUUGAAACGAUUACGUGGGAAGACGAGUCUAUUGCCAGCGGUUCCCGGAGUACCAGUCUCAGAGAAAGAAGUUGAGUGCAGCGGAACGACCACACGCAAGAGCAUACAUUUAGACCCCGCUGAAAGCAGUUUGUACGUCAGUCAGUUCUUCGGCCGAGUUGGCUCUUAUGAUGCCAUUCGCGGUAUCGAUGUGGCAUUUCACAGUCUCAGCAUGCGUCCAACGAGCAACUCUAGUCAACAUACUGACUGGAAGGAUCAAAGCAACUACCGGAUCGGUCCUCGUCAAUGGUUACGCGAUCUACUGGCGCUCGUACCUCAAGAUGAUAUAAUGCUCCCUGAUAUGACAGUGGAGGAGAAUAUUCUAUACUCAUCACGAAUCCGACUCGGCCGGUCGCAGACGGACAAAGAAAUCCGGCAAUAUGUCGACAAUCUUAUAUCUAGUCUGCGGCUCAGCAAUGUACGCCAAAGACUUGUCGGCGAAGUGGGGAAGAGAGGUCUUUCAGGAGGCGAGCGGAAACGUGUCAAUAUCGCGCUGGAGCUGGCCGCUGCGCCCAGCAUCAUCGUCCUCGAUGAGCCCACAUCAGGUCUAGACGCGAAGACCGCUCUUUCGGUAAUCGAGCUCCUAAAGUCCUUGACGAGUCAUGGAGUCACUAUAGUUUGCGUGAUUCAUCAGCCCAGACCCGAGAUUUUCGCGUCUCUUGACGAUCUUCUGCUCUUAAACCGGGGACGACAGAUCUACUUUGGUGCGGCUGCGAGCGCAAGACAGUUCUUCCUGGAUUCGGGAUAUGAUUUCCCAGAGACCUCCAAUCCGGCCGAUACGAUGAUGGAUAUCAUGUCCUGUCAUGACAAUAUUGACCUUGUCCAUGUUCGCGAAACAAGCGCUGAACCACCACAAAGAGAUUUACGAUGUGCGGCUGGCCCGGCCGGCGUCAAAACCUUUGGCGAAGAGAGUAAGUGUCUCAUCGUGGCUCAUGUCUCAUCUACAGAAGUCUAA